AGGUUUUCCAUCGCAUUCGGAAAAAUCAAAAGCUAGAUCUAAAAAUGUAGCUCCAGUAAAAUCAGAAGGGAGACAAUAUGUUUCACCAGCCCAACAACCACAAGAUAUGGUUGGAAACCAGCAAGCAUAUGGUCAGUAUCCUUCAGGUUAUGGUACUGUUCCGACCCAGUAUGGUCAACAACAAAAUGAUCAGCAACCACAACAAACGACUGGUCAACAAAUGGCUUCCACACCCACUAACAAGGGACACACUGGUAUAUUAUAUUCUCAUCGCCCUGUUCCUGAUCAUGACAGUAAGUGUGUGCUAAAUACUGAUUCCAAAUACUCAGACUCAGUUUACCAUUCCUGUAUAUUGCCAGGAUAAUAAGAGGUUUAAUUUACUGUGUACUGUGAUCACGAACUUAAAUGAAGUCACCAUGUGUAAAAAAAACUCUAUGGCUCGGCCUUUGAAACGCGCAUGGAUAUUCUGACUCCAUUUUAAUGUCACAAUCUUCCUAAUCCUUGAGUCAGCGAAACGCAACAAGUUGAAUACAGAAUGGUCAAUGCAUAACACGUAGCAUAAACAUAGUGCCAUGCAGUCACGAGUUGUUUUGAAAAUCCCACCGUUCUCCACUGCAAUCUCGUAUACUCAGGCUAUUUUCUCUCAUACUCUGGUGCCACUGAUGCCAUCUAGUCAUGGUUAGGUGUAAUAAAUGUAUAAACUUGCACAAGAAAAUUUCCAUCUACAAAACCCUUGAACAAUUAGUCACGUCGAGUGUAGAUGCCCAAAAUCUUGAUAGUUACCCAUACACCUUACAUUGGCAUCACCUCAGUAUUUAUACAUGAACUUUCGGUUAGAGCUUGACAACUGGACUCCAUAUAGCUCAGUUGGUUAGAGCGUUAGCUAUAGCGGAACGCAGGUUUGAUUCAUGCCAGAGGGCCUAUAAUUGAAGUUUUCGCAACUGUUCCUGGUUAGGUCUAAUAAAUGUAUAAAAAACUCACACUCGAAGCUUCCAUCUACAAAACCCUUCAACAAUGAGUUCUAUCUAUUAACUGUAGUUCUAUCCAGUGUAGAUGAUGAGCUAGUGUAAGAUGCCCAAAAUCCUGCGAGACCCUGAUAUCGUUAAAAAGAGUUUCACGCGGCUUAUGAGUACGACGGUCCGUCAAACUGGGAAUACUAAUGCAAAUGGAAUCGCCCUCUGCGAGUAACACCGUUCGAUAAGCGGAUAUAGCCACUGCAUCAUCCUGAACAUUUUAGUCAUUGACUUGAGGUAGUGAGUACGGCAUCCAAUAUAUAAUUGGGCAUGCGUCAAGCAUUUUAAUUUCGUUCAAACUCUAAUUCUCUAAAGCUAAAGGUGCAGUCGGACAAAGUAAAGUCUGUUUCAUCUCCUCAGGCAAAGUAAAUCUAUCGAGAAGUAAACCACAGUACUUUUCUCAUUGCUAUUCAAAUAGUUCUUUAUUCCUCCUACUUCCUCAUUAGCAUUAAGUUAUGGCGGUUAAACCCCGACGCCGCAUGCUUGCAAGGGUAUAAAGCAAUGAGUCAGCAGAAGGGAUGGGUAGGGUACGUGGGGAGAAUGUUUUUCCUGCAUGGACUAACUGACAUAUAAUUUAAUCCCAAGCUAAGUAGCUUUAUAUUACCUUAUACAAUGCUAAUGACGUCAUCGGAAUCAUGCAUAUUCAAUGGCAAUGAAUGAUUCCAGCUAUCGACUAAUUUUUUAUCCCGACAAGAAAGACGAAAGUUAUCAUUUAUAUAGCUCAAAGAGCUAGUAAAUUGCAAAGUUUGGUUGCGAAAUAUUGUAAAAUACGAAAAAUAUAGCCCUGUGAAAUUAGCAAAUUUUGAGUAUUUUAGUACAACGCUCAGCUCAAAAGUGGUGCAUUUUUCCGUGCGUAAUACUAAAAUACUCAAAAAUGUCCUAAUUUCACUAAUUCACUGGGCUAUAUAUUUCCGUAUUUUACAAGAUUUUGCAACCAAAUUUGGCAGUUUUACUAAUUUAAAGGGGCAAUGUCACCGAUUUUUUACCUAAAAUGCUUUUUAUUCAAAAACUGAACUACAAAGUUAGAAAUAAACAUUGUAAAUGGAUUAAGUUAUGAUAUAUGAGUCAUAUUAAACAACUUUGAACUUUCACGCAACAUGUAACAUGACACUUUCAUAAAAAAUGACUAAAACGUGAAAAAGUGUCUGCCAACAAUUAAUCAAGAUGCCAUUUACAAUCCAUCUCAAUCCUGGCGUAAUCUUGCCCAUCCAGACUUCUUCGUACAUGUUACACCUUUUACGCUUACACUAAUUCUUUUUCAGUUUUGGGCAAAAUUUGCAGUUAGAAUUGCUCAAAAAUCGGUGACAUUGCCCCUUUAAGGAUGUUCUUUUAUCCUAUAAAGAUAGAUUUCGUCCCGUUCUUGUCUGGAUCAAAAUUUAGUCUAGUAUAGCUAGAAUCAUCCACUGAUUAGUUGAAUACGGAAUACAUUGCAAAUGGUGAAAUGGGCUCAGAUUAGCACCACGUUUUCCAUUAUGAACUCCAGUUGGUGCAUGAUACCAUAGAUGAUACCCAGAGAAAAGGACAAGUUAGGGAAGCCUCACAUAUUGAUUUUUUCCACGAGAAACGUCAUAUGUUCGUUGGGGUUACAGAAGCCAGACGUUUCUCAGUAAUGGAAAAAUUCGAUAGUUUUUUCGAAAGGCUUAACAUUUCGGAAUCAUCUUUGCAGAAUAAAAAAAUUGCAUUCGUAAUACCAUACAUGUUCUAUAUACGUGUACAUUUAUAUUAUUACGCCUUCCUUGCAUUGAAAACACUCAAAUUUCAAGAAAAACGCGCUAAAAUUAUCAAUAAUAUUUCCCAAAAAAGUUGUUUUGAGAAACGUUGGAAAUUUUGAUGACAUAUUCCUCGCUGAAGCAUCGCCAAUAGCCGACCGUAGAAAAUAGUAGAAAAUUACCCUAUGUGUACUAUGAGAACAAAAUGUCGAUAACUAUGCGUGACGUUUCUGGGGGGGUCUCCAAAGAAAUGUCCAUAUGACGUUUCUCAUGGACACGUUGCCUGAUAGGGAAGGCACACUGGCCACGAAGUGCCAGUGUCUUAGAAGUCUUAUAUCAUGGAAUUAACAAUUAAGCGUGUCCGUUCUAAAUUUCUUGACUCACUGCAAGUUAAGCCCCUAACCACAGGACUGUGCUUUAAUUAAGAAAAUGGGUGUAUCAUGGGUGUGGUAAGGCGUGGUCGGGGCUUAAUCCUCCCCCUAAUGAAAUCCCCAUGGAGAAACGUCGUUCCCAAGCUUUGCUCUGUCAAUCUAAAAAAAUUCUGACGGUCAAGAAAAAAGGACAUUGUCAAAGAUGUUGACGAUCGACCUUUAAUCACAGUGUAACAGGAAAUAUGCUACCCCCUCCCCUCCCCCCUCCCACUCAUUUCCAUGGCCCCCUUGUUAGGAAAUGACUUCAUAAAUCUAUGUCAUCGUAUUGCCACAUAUAUAAAUCAUAUGCCCACUUUCUUCAAGCGUGGCCCGCUGGUCUAGUGGUAUGAUUCUCGCUUAGGGUGCGAGAGGUCCCGGGUUCAAUUCCCGGGCGGGCCCUGUUUUUAUACAUUCAGGUAACUAAACUUUUUUUCUCACUUUGUUUUAUUCUAAAUAGAAGAUAUAAGUCCGCCAAAAGACAAAAAAGCCAACAAACACAAGAAAAAAUUUUCAAAGAGUAAAAAACACGAUGAUGACGAGGAAAAAUAAAGUCUGAUUUGAUAUUAUUACUCGACCCAGUCUUUUGUACUUCAGCGCGCCUGGACAUCAUCAGACCAUUUUAAAACAUGUAAUUCCGCAUGCAACAAAACUAAAAUAUAUUGUGUAAAUAAUUUUUGAUAUGAAAACAAAAUUUAUAAAUAACUAUAUUCUAAUACUAAUAGUUUCUGGUGCGGUUAUUGAUAUUUAUACAGUCAGUGGUCCAUAUUUUAAGUGUUCUUAGGACAGUAGUCAGUACAUACCGCGCCUCAACACUCAACACAACAGGCAACCUCGUACCCAGGAUCUUUCUUUGGGAAAGACCCUGGCUGCGGCUGGUCACGUGCCUCAUCAAAAAUUUAGCGCCUGAGGGGGUGUGGGGAAAGUAUCAAAUUACAUAAACAUGCUUCCAGUGGAACAUUCGUUAAAAACAUAAAUUUUGCGAAUUAUUACGUUCAAAAUACUUGCUAAUUUUUGUUUAUUUUCUUUGCUUUGAAUUUACAAGAACAUUCUUACUUACAGUCAAGUCAAGAAACAAAGCAAAUCGUUACUCGCAGUACGUGCUUUCUUGCGUUGUUAUUCAAUGCAUGCUCUCUUCACAAUCGAGCGCGGUUAUAACAAACCUUUUAAUAUUGUAAUGUUUUUAAAAUACGCCAUUGCAUUCGACCGUCCUUUCUUGUAAACGUUGAUACGCUUUGUACCGAUUCACUUGUUACUACGCGUCUUGUUUAUAAGAUUUUUAAAAGAAACAGUAUUGUCUAGGACUGACCCAAUAUUAGCAAAUGUAAACAUUUGAUAAUAGCCGAACGGAGAAAUGUCUGUAAGUAUAGAGGAAAUUCCAGUCAUUGGCCGGUUUAUCUGGAUUUAGUACAUAAUUCGUUUUCGGUAAUUAUAGUAAUACUUUAGCCUUUUUUGUUCUCUAUUAAUCAUUAUAUUGUGUUAACAUACUAUAAUCUAUAUCACAAAUUUACAGUGUCAGAUGCGCACAGACCGCGUCAUUGGCAUCAUACGAAUAGACAUAAAUUUUCGAGUUUUCUAGCCUACUUCUACUAACAUUUUUAAAGUUUUUUAUUGUGAAUCACCUGUUUAUCUCUAAUUCAUUAAUCAUUUUAGUACUUAUAUUUAUUUGAUAGUGUCAUCACGGUUAACGUGGUGUCAUAUAGUGAAUAAUGCGUUUACACACAAGCAAUCCUGGAUAUGAUAUAGACGAUGCAAGCUGUCCAUUAAAAAAUAACGGUAUUCUAUUUCACAAAGUCAAAGCAAAAAUUUAAAUCUCACUUGUAUUAUUAAGAAUGCAUAUACAGGAAAAAAAUAAAGCUUAUUCAUGUCAAAACGAAAGCUGUUUACAAAAUUUAUAAAGGUGGUGAACACUACUAAAAAUAGUGCUCAUUGAAAGACAUGUAUAAUAUAGUGACAUAUAAUUUGUCGUUUGACUUAUCUUUGGUGUAUGAUUUUAAUACCGUAGAUUUUCAACAGACAGCUAUACUUUGACAUAUACCAUGAUCGUUGGUUUCAGCAAUGCCGAGGGCCAAUUUUAUAGUGUUUUGACAAGUUUUUUUGAUAAGGCCUUUAUAUAGAUCAACAAUCUGGAUACAGUUGGCGAUAUUUCGGAAAUCAAAAGAUCUCGCUAUUUCGUUGCAAUUCCACAUCUCAUCAAUAAAUAAAUUCUUUUGGUCCGAGUAUCAGGACAGACAUUAAUACUAAAUAAAUAACAAACACACUGUUCGGUCUAGAGAUCUAUAUUUUCUUGUAGGUUUAAUAUCGCCAUUCGCCACGCUGCACAAGCGGCAAGCGUGCUUUCUUUGGCAAAUCUAUAUUAAAGUUGAAUAUUGAAAUCUGAUCCAACUUGCUUGAAUUGUAACUCGACACCAGAUUAUAGAGUAGAGCGUCACGAUAUAAAUAUUAAUUUAGGAGUUCUCUUUACGAUUUCUUGUUGCAAAUUUACAGUAAAUUUCAUCACCCAAAGUUGCAAUUUUAAAACGCUACAAACACGCUCCUUUCCCACCCCUCUCACAGUUACAAUUAAAUUUACCUCCCAGAAUCUGGGAGGCACGUGACCAGCCGCAGCCAGGGUCUCUCCCAGAUGACAGAAGGAGAGACCCUGGGAACGAGGUUGCACAACAGGCAGCUUUUCUUACCUCCGACCUUCUCCGCUGGAAUAACAUUUUCCCUAGCAAAAGUAUUA